UCAAAAUGUCAGAGACAAGCGGCCGUGCGCAAUCAUUUCUUCCCUACGUUCCCGAGAUGGUGGACAUGAUCUUAAGAUACCUUCCUGCCAAGGAGCUAAGAACAACAGCAAGAGUGAGCAGAAUGUGGAGGAACAUUUCCACGCGGAUUUUGCAAUCGCGAACAACUUGGACCGUGCAUCAUUUGGCGGACAAAUUGAUUACAGGAACUGAAAUCGACGAUGUUUGUGAAAAUAUGUUCACGGAACCACGAAUGGUGAUUCAGUUGAGCCAUAGGGAAAUCUGGUUCACGCGAAGGGAGCCACGAAGGCGAAGGAACGAGGAAAGACAGCUCGUGCGUUCUGUUUUUAAUUUAUUUUCCAAGCUUCCACCAGGAUGCGUCAGCAUAGGUUGUACCACUGAACGAAUUGUAUUCCAACAACCCACUGACGAGUUCACUCCCAACCUCAUCCAUCAUAUUAAGACAGGACACGCAUUUAUAUGUGCGCCUCAUAUGCCUGGUGUUUGCUAUCACCAUGCCUACCUCAGGACACCCAGGCCACCUCCAGCUAGUGACUGGUGCGACAUGUUUGAUUUGCCAACGCACACUCCAGUCAAGUUAGUCGUGCUGAUCGCGCUCUCGGCCAGUAGAGAUUUCAUACCGUUCCUAGCCUUAGGUAUCCGUGAAACAUAUGGGGACCACGUGGUUGUUUUCGGAGGUGUUGGGCAUGACCGUUUGUUUAUAGAUGGUCUAGUUAAGAGGGCAAGAGUUGUGGCAAUAUUCAUUUCAGGCCAACGAUUCCGCGCACACGCUGGGUUAUUAAACAACGGUAAUGACGCUGACUUUUAUUCGCCGGCUCAUCAGCUGACAGAAGAAGCAAGAGGCGAAGGUUUUACGCCCAAAUUUGCACUGUUGUUCACAUCACGGUUUGUUCACAAAGGACAAGCUUUCUAUUCCAGCUCACAAACAGCAUUCAGAGAAGGUUUCAGUACUAUUCCUAUGCUGGGUUUCUAUUCUUAUGGCGAGUAUUGUUUAACUGAAAGGGACACUGAAGUCACGAAAAUCAACGACUUCAAGAGACAAAUGAGAUACAACUCAGCUAUUUAUUGUGUGUGCUCGUACAAAAACGAGUCACGAUAGAAUUUUUAUCGAG